AUGUCCGCGCUGGCGAGCGACUCCAGUAUUACGGUGGCGGGCGGAGAAGUGUCUAAGAAUAAGCGGAAAGGAGGAAGAAUCGUGAAGUCUCGGUACCUGCAGUACGAUAUGAAAGACGCCAAGAAGGAUACUUCAGCAAAUUCCUUUUCAACGUCUGCUGCUAAACCAUCUUCUGCAACUAAACCAAGAUCAGUUCUUCCUCAGAAAUGUAAAACUUCUGCUGGUGUUGUCCCUAGCUCAUUAAAUCAGAGUAGUUUUGAGAAAGGUGACUUGCAGUCCACUUUAUUAGAUGAAGAUAAAAUUAGUCGACCGGACCUUGAUCUUUCAGCUAUUAAUGAUAAAACUGUCCGUAAAAAGACUCCUAGUUCAAACUCUGCUUGCAAAGGAGAUACAGGGACACGUCGAAAAACCAAAAAAGCGGGAAAUGAUUCUGAUGCUCUGAUGGAAGAGCUGGAAUCUCAGACACUGCUUUUAACUUACCUAAGAGUAAAGGCAGGAAAAAAUCUUGCCAAGCUGGAGAAAAAAGCAGAAAAAAACUUGCUAAUGUUGUGUGAAGAAAAGGAGAGACAACAGGAGAAGCUCUGCGAGUUGAAGCGUGAAAUUCUACUCAAAGAGAGAGAGCAGAAACUUGAUGAUGCAUUAGACAAACAGAUGGAAGUACUUUCUCCCCUUGUUCCUGUUUGUGAACAGUUUAAAGAGCAAUAUAAAAGCUUUGCAGUUUCCCUGGAUGCCACUAGACACGAAUUACCCAUAAAGAAUAUUCACAUAGAAGGAGAUAUGCUAACAUACCUUGAUGAACUGCGAAAGCAGUUAACUAUCACACAGGAACUUCUGGCAGAAGUUAUGCCAAGCUACUCGGAAGAAAGUGCAAAAGCAUUUAGUGUACUGAAAGAGCUUAAAGAAGUGUCUCAGAAACUGGAUAAAGAGCUUCAAAGGAGCUUCACACAAGUGCAGAACCUGUCGUUUGAAGUUAGUAAAGAAGUUUCUCUGCAUAACCAAAGAAUAUGUGAAGAGAAUUAUGGACUAGAUGUUGUGAAACACUGGUACUUCAACUAAGUUUGUGUAUUGUUUUACUAACGGGUGGGUACUAAAUCAAUGCCAGCAGACUUGUUAUCUUUUUACUUCUUGUAUGAACAUAUAACUUGUCCAAAUUUCCAGUUAUACCAGAAUAUGAACCCAGCAGCAUGCAUGCUUACUAAUAUAAGAAACGGAGUUUUCUUCUGUGUGCUGUCCCAUAAGGAGACAUCUUUUUUUUAAUGUGAAUUUUUGUGACACCUUUCUCACCACAUUCUGCCUUGACAAUACUGAAAGGUAAAUAAUAAGAAAUGUUAUUCUUAGCAGAUAUGACCUAUGUAUUCUUAAACUUCUUGGUUUACUUUUUUGGAACUGCAAAUCAAGAGAUUUGCAUCUCCUUCCAAAGUAGUGUUCCUUAGAGGGCAACAUAUCAGAAUAUAGAUGUGGAAUUGUGUAUGUGGUACUGUGCAUUUGCUGAUCUCAUCAGGAGGAUCUGUAGGAAUGUACAGCAUAAUCGUUGGUUACUUAGUGAACGGCUUCUGGAGGAACUCUUAGUUGUCCCUUAUUUCUGCAUUUGCUGAGAGGAAAAGCUACAUGGGUAGUAAGUAAUGAGGCUGAUGCUUGGAAGGAGCCCGGUCACUUGUAACAAGUGAAAAGUUUUGGUAACUUGUUGCCUAAUUGUCUUGGAAACAAAUUUAUUAAAAUCAUUAAUGCUUUUGUAUUAACCUGACACCUUCUCUUUAAGGACUUUAUUCUUUUUAAUAAUAAAGAC